CUUCCUGCCUGUAAGUUUAAGGUAACCUAGGAGUACCAUCAGUAGUUACUGCUGAGAUAACUACACUUCCUGUCUGUAGGUUUCAGGUUCAAGUUCAGCGAAGUUGAUUUCAAGAUGGCGACUAAAUCAGGUUCCUCCCGAAUCAUGGACCAGGAUGCGCGUCGAGUUCUUGAUUCUGCUGCGCGGCAAAGACGCGCACGUAAAGCGCUGGAGAGCCUGGAGAAGGAUAAUAACCACGAGGACCCUCAUGCGGAUCUUGUUAUGAGUAAAAAAGCGCUAAGUCUAUUUCAGGAGGAUUCACCUGAGAAGAGACCUAAACGGAAAACAAGAACAACAGAAUAUUACAAGCAAAGGUUCAGGAAGAAUCUGGAUCAACUGCUGGAUGAGGAGGCAGGAUAUGAUGAUGAUUAUAUUGGAUAUCUAGCUGCUCAGGUUCCUAGCUCCUCUGUACCUCCCCGGUCUCUGUGCGCUGUUUGUGGAUUUCCCUCAGGAUAUACUUGUGUUACUUGUGGGACUAAAUACUGUACAAUCAGAUGUUUAGACACUCAUCAAGAAACACGAUGUCUGAAAUGGACUGCAUGAAAUCUUAUCUUCUGAUUUACUUUAAACGAUUUGUUAAUGUACCAUUUUCAUCGUAUUUUUUCAGUAAUAACAAGAACAUAAAAGUGGCAUGAUUAUCGUCUACAUUUCUUCGUAUUAAAAAUGCAAAAAAAUGCGAUAUGCCUGAUUAAAGAGAGAACGAAGACAACCGUUUAGUUUUGAUAAUGAAUUAAUUAAUCAUGUUAAUUUGGAGGUCUCUUCAGGAAUAAAAAAUACUAUUUUAA